AUGUCCACAUCAACGCCCAACUCCACCGAUACAUCACCAGUGACGCGCAUAGCAACAUUCCGCUUCCACCCUAACGUCACCGCGGAGCAAAAAGGCGAUCGCGCAUCUGCCUUUCUCGCGCUUUACGCUGAACAUCCGGAAUUACUGGUCGAAGGGCCAAAAGGAGGAAGACCGCUGAAUACCCCAUUGAACCUGACCAACGUGAAGAGGGAGAGUGUGUGGGACUUGGGAUUCGUUGUAGUCUUCAAGGAUGAAGCCUCGAGACAGGUGUUCGAUAAAGAUCCGACGCACGAUAAGCUGAAGGUAUGUGACGUCUCUCUCGUUGUGAAGGAGUUGAAGCUGACCUCGCGGAAGAAUGAGACGGACCCGCUGCUCGAGCAAGUGUUUGUGUAUGAUUUCGUCGCGCAGCCAAAUCUGGGGUGGUAG